AUGUCCCUGAAAUUGCCAAGAAACUGGGAUUUCAACCUGAAAGGAGAGGCGGCGAAAAUAGCUCGGUCCAGGAGCGUGAUGACCGGCGAGCAGAUGGCAGCCUUCCACCCGUCGACCACCCCCAACCCGCUGGAGAGGCCCAUCAAGAUGGGCUGGCUGAAGAAGCAGCGGUCCAUCGUGAAAAACUGGCAGCAGAGGUAUUUCGUGCUGAGGGCGCAGCAGCUCUACUACUACAAGGAUGAAGAGGACUCGAAGCCUCAGGGUUGUAUGUACCUACCUGGAAGUACAAUCAAGGAGAUUGCCACAAACCCAGAAGAAGCGGGGAAGUUUGUCUUUGAAGUCAUUCCAGCCUCAUGGGACCAGAGUCGCACGGGACAGGACUCCUAUGUCCUCAUGGCCAGCUCCCAGGCAGAGAUGGAGGAAUGGGUUAAAUUCCUGAAGAGAGUCGCUGGCACACCCUCUGGAGCGGUGUUUGGCCAGCGUUUGGAUGAGACUGUGGCCUAUGAGCAGAAAUUUGGCCCCCACCUGGUGCCCAUCCUCGUGGAGAAGUGUGCGGAGUUCAUCCUGGAACAUGGCCUGAACGAAGAGGGCAUCUUCCGGCUGCCUGGGCAGGACAACCUGGUGAAGCAGCUCAGAGAUGCUUUCGAUGCCGGGGAGAGGCCCUCCUUUGACAGAGAGACAGAUGUGCACACGGUGGCCUCCCUAUUAAAGCUCUACCUCCGGGACCUCCCAGAACCUGUGGUUCCCUGGAGCCAGUAUGAGGGAUUCCUGCUCUGUGGGCAACUCAUGAAUGCGGAUGAGGCAAAGGCUCAGCAGGAGUUGAUGAAGCAGCUCUCCACCCUUCCUCGAGACAACUACAGCCUCUUGAGCUACAUCUGCAGGUUCCUACAUGAAAUCCAGCUGAACUGUGCUGUUAACAAGAUGAGCGUGGAUAACCUGGCUACCGUGAUUGGCGUGAAUCUUAUCAGGUCGAAGGUAGAAGACCCUGCUGUGAUUAUGAGGGGAACUCCCCAAAUCCAAAGAGUGAUGACCAUGAUGAUCAGAGACCAUGAAGUCCUCUUCCCCAAGUCCAAGGAUGUACCCCUGUCACCCCCAGCUCCCAAAAAUGACCCCAAGAAACCUCCAGUGCCUCGAAGCUCUGUGGGCUGGGAUGCCUCUGAGGAUGUACCGAUUUCUAGGACAGACAGCUUCAGUAACACGGCCAGCGACUCAGAAGUAACCAGCCCCACUGAACAACAGCCAAGUGACAUGUUUCUGGAACACAGCGGCAAAACUCUCAGGGAAAAGCCAGGGGAUUGGAAGCUGCAAUCACGAAAAAGGACUCAGACCCUCCCUAAUCGGAAAUGUUUCUUAACAGCAGCUUUUCAAGGUGCCAACAGCAGCAAGAUGGAGAUCUUUAAAAAUGAGUUCUGGUCAUCUUCUUCAGAGGUGAAGGCAGGGGAGGGGCAUAGGAGAACACUGUCUCAAGGUGUGCCGAACUUUUCCGAUGCCCAGAGGACUUCCACCUAUGAUAACAUCCCUACCCUGCCGGGGUCUCCUGGGGAUGAAGCAGGGGCACUCUCUUCCCAUGCCUGCGACUCCAAGAGAGAUACUCUUUCGAGCCCAAACUCUGAAACUGGGCCUGGGACAAAGAACUUUGGAGAAGAGGGACUGGAGUCUUUGCAAAGGACAGUCCAGGAGCUGCGAAAGGAAAUAGAAACACAGAAACAAGCCUUUGAGGAACAGAUUAAAAACCUUGAGAAGGAAAAUUAUGACGUCUGGGCUAAGGUGGUGAGGCUCAAUGAAGAACUGGAGAAGGAAAAGAAGAAAUCUGCAGCCUUGGAGAUCAGCCUCCGCAACGUGGAGCGCUCCCGGGAGGAUGUUGAGAGGAGGAACAAGACCUUGGAAGAAGAAGUCAAGGAAUUUGUCAAAUCGAUGAAGGAGCCUAAGGCUGAUGAAUGA